UUCCGGGUGCGACCCCCGCUUCUGUCCGGCUGGGCGCUGGACGCGUUGGGUCCGCUCUUAACUGCAUCUGACCGUCUGCACUAACUGCCCCUUCCCUGUUCCCAGCGGGAAGGACAUGAGUGUUCCUGGGCCGACGUCCCCGGACGGGGUCCUGCCAGGGCCACCCCACGGCCGGGGGGCAGGGGAGCCGACGCCGGGUUUAAGGGACGCUUCUCCAGAUGAAGGGUUACUAGAGGACUUGACUGUAGAGGACAAAGCUGUGGAGCAGCUCGCAGAAGGAUUGCUUUCUCACUACCUGCCGGAUCUGCAGAGAUCAAAACAAGCUCUUCAGGAACUCACACAGAACCAAGUUGUAUUACUAGACACACUGGAACAGGAGAUUUCAAAAUUUAAAGAAUGUCAUUCUAUGUUGGAUAUUAAUGCUUUGUUCACUGAAGCUAAACACUAUCAUGCCAAGUUGGUGAAUAUAAGAAAAGAGAUGUUGACGCUUCAUGAAAAGACGUCGAAGUUAAAAAAAAGAGCACUUAAGCUACAGCAGAAGAGGCAGAAAGAGGAGUUGGAAAGGGAGCAGCAACGUGAGAAGGAAUUUGAAAGAGAAAAGCAGUUAACUGCCAAACCAGCUAAGAGGACGUGAGAAGCCGAGUGCGCAUGUGUGUUCGCCCUCCCCUGCCCGUGUGGCCGGCAUCCAGGGUGACCUCAGGGUAGGCUGGGGUGAGGGUAGUGCCUUAUGCCACUGUCUCCCAUCUCGCAGUCCUUUCCCCAGGACUGCUGUCUGCAUAUCUUCACUUCCGCAUUCAGGAAGCUUCCCCCCCCAAGUAGAAGACAUAUGUCACUCAGUUUGAGGAUUUACAUGUAAUUUUCCAGCUUCUGUUCUGCAUAAUUUUCAAAUUCAUUAUUUUGGCCCGAAUGGUUUAUAAACUGGAAAGUGGUCUAGACUCUAAGUGAUUAAAAACUAGGAUGAGUUUUGUAGCAUCUUGGUAAGCAUGGAUUUAAAAGAUUCAGUUUCUUAUUUAUGGAAUGACUUGCCUUUCUGGCAACACAGUGCUGGUUUUUGGUAAUUGCCGUUUCAUCGCUUGGUUCAGAAGAAAUGCUAACUGUUCCAUCACAUAUGCCAUCGGAAAAGAGGUGGUAUAAGCCUUUGUGAAGAACACGAUGGAGACAUGUGUACACAGGAAAUAGCAUCUUAGACAUGGGACAGGUGGGCAAGAUUCCAGAUAGACCCUGCUAACCAUCCCCUCUGCUUCCGUAUGUUGUUGCUCUCUCGUUCUCAUGUACUCUCUGCGCUGAAAAUAGAUGAUCCCUACUCCUAACGUUUGGCAGGGGGGAUAGAGCUGUCACAUGCUCAAAUAUGCUUCAGUAUUUAUAAUACUUAGUCAGAGUUGUCACACACUGAGAUACAGUUGCCAAAUUGAUAAGACUCCAACUUUCCAAAUGGAAGGUCUAAUCGCUAGUUCUGUCUAUCGUCUGAUUUGCUGUGUGGCCUUAUAUGUGGUUACUUUUCCUGUGCUUUUAAAAAAAUUCAUAAAGUAGAAUGAUAUCUAUACCAACUACCCAUUUUAUAGAUAAUGAUAAGAAUGGUGAAAAAUGAGCAAAUAGCUUCUUCACAAAAGAGGCAGCAUGAUACCUUGAGUGUUUUCUGGAUUGUUCCCCUCAAUAUUUUUAGUAGGAACUUAUUCGAGGGAAAUAUCACAUGAAGUUUCAUUUUUUAAGAUUGAGAUUAUUCAUUGUUUUAGUAUUACUUAAUAUCCAACUGGUCUUUGAUCUCUAUUACAUAGAGACUGUACAGAACCUAUAAAGGUGUAUGCUUAGAAUUGUGUAUCUUUUAUAGUCUACAUUACAUUUUUGGUAAGCUGGAAUCACUACCUCUGAUCUCAUAUCAGGCUAAUUAACCAUGGAGAGGGCAUUAGAGUUAAGUUGACUGCUAAAAACUGGUCUAUUUAAAGGUUUAAACAGUUUAUUGGAAAGCCGGUCCCUUUAAUGAAUGAAUUAUGAUCUCACAAUUUACUUCACUUUACUGGAUAUUUAAAAAUAUAAAUAUAUUUUAUCUUAAAAGGCUACAUUUGCCCUCAAACACUAGCUAAAGCUUGCCUGGGGCAGGAUUCAUUAGCACUUGCAGGACAAUGUCACCUAAAUUGCUGAAUGUACUCAUUUAUAUAAGGCUAUGCGUUGUUUUUCAGAGUGGUUUGUGGGCUAGCUACAAUGAUUAUUUAAAAUGCUGGUUCCUGGACACCACUUUCAAUCUAACUGAAGUAAAUCUACUUAUUUGUUUGUUUUGUCUUUUUUUUUUUUUUUGUCCCCCCCAAGUGGUUCCUGAUGUACCUUAAAAGUUGAGACCCACUGGUCUAGUGGUCUAGGUCAGAGGUUCACACUAGGCUGCAUGCCAUUAUCACCUGAGAACUUCAAAACAAAACAAAACAGACAUUCUGGAAGAUUCUUGAUCAUUAGUUCUGAGGUGGGGCCCAUGCAAAUUUUAAGAGCUCCCCACAUAAUUCUAAUACAGGGGACCACUCAUCUAGAUUGUGAUUUAUAUUUAUAAGGAAUGAAAUAGUUUAAAAGCUACCCAGUAACUCUUGGGAUUAAUCUUAUGAAAUUCUGAACUGCUGCUUUUGAUAUAAAGUUAGAUUUAAGACUGAAAUAGAUAGCAGGCAGGAAAUAGAUACAGAAUUCUGGUUAAUUAAUUGAACUUUUGUGAUCUGUAUUAAAAUAAAUCAUGUUUAUUGAGUGAGUGGCAAGGCACAUAUACUUUUAGAAUUGUAUUUAAGUUUUGAAGAUUUUUUAAAAUGUCAAGAAUAUAUAUUAGCAACCACUAUUUUUAGGUCAGUUGUAAAUCAGAAGUACUGUUACAUUGGUAAUUACAAUCUAAAACUUUAGCUGUAUUUCAGUAACAUAGAAAUAUAUCUUACUGACUAAACCUAAAUGGAACCCUUUAUAUUAGUCUUGAAAUAUUUUUGCACAAUAUGGUGAAUUGGUACUUGGCUUGAAAAUAAUUACCUUUGGUUUUUUGGUGGAAAAAAAAUUGCCUUUGUUUUGAACUAUAUCACAUAUAUACUGAACUAAAAUGAUGACAGUUAAUUUUGUAUUUACUUUACAGUCGGUAUUAUGUAAAUAUGCAGACAUUGAAUGUAAUAUGGAUUGUGUCUGCAGUGAGUGUUUGGGUGUAUACAGUUCAUAAUAUGCCAGUUACACACCCUUGUACAUUUGUCUGAUUUUGAGCUUGUACAAUGUGGACUACUUUUUACACAUUUAAUAAAAAAAAAAAGGUCUCUGAAUUAUCCCAGGUCCUUUAUGAA